AUUGGCCAAAGCAGAAGAACAGCAAAUCACAGCUCAGAACUCUCUCUCCCUCUCUCUCCCCUUCUCCUUCCUUUCUCCCCUUUGUCUCUCUCUGUGUCUGAAUCGGAUUCCUUGCGAAAGCCACCUGAAAGUUUCAGCUUUUUCCCGCGUAGGGUGUCUGAUUCGAUUCCAAUUCUCAAUCUCCAUGGCUUCUCGCAGACGUAUGCUCCUGAAAGUCAUAAUCCUCGGCGACAGCGGGGUUGGGAAGACUUCUCUGAUGAACCAGUAUGUGAACCGCAAGUUUAGCAAUCAGUACAAGGCCACGAUCGGAGCUGAUUUUUUGACCAAGGAAGUUCAGUUUGAAGACAAGCUAUUCACAUUGCAGAUAUGGGAUACUGCUGGUCAAGAAAGGUUUCAAAGUCUUGGUGUGGCUUUCUACCGAGGUGCUGACUGCUGUGUCCUUGUAUAUGAUGUGAAUGUGAUGAAAUCAUUUGAUAAUCUCAACAACUGGCGGGAGGAGUUUCUUAUUCAGGCCAGUCCAUCUGAUCCUGAAAACUUUCCAUUCGUCGUGUUGGGUAACAAGGUAGAUGUUGAUGGCGGCAACAGCCGUGUGGUAUCUGAAAAGAAAGCAAAGGCCUGGUGUGCUGCUAAGGGAAACAUACCCUAUUUCGAAACCUCCGCAAAGGAAGGAUUCAAUGUCGAAGCUGCCUUCGAGUGCAUAGCAAAGAAUGCCCUGAAGAACGAACCUGAAGAAGAAAUAUAUCUUCCUGACACCAUCGAUGUGGCUGGCGGAGGACGAACACAGAGGUCACCCAGUGGCUGUGAAUGCUAGAGGGCUUCUUCCACGGUUCCUUCGCUCGGGGACUCAACCUAUACGAUUGGUACAUUUAAGAUGUACUGAUCUUGAUCUACCUUGCAAUGAAUCCAUCUCUUGGUUCCUUCCUUUCAUUUUUCAGCCCCUUUUUGUUGUUGUUGUUGUUGUUAUAUUGUUACUUCGAAUAGCUGUUGUCAUUGAAUCUCCAAUGUGCAUACUAUAAUUUAUUGCUUUUGUUCAGGAAAUGAAUUCAUUUCUGGAUAGGUAGAUAGAACUGUCA